AACACCCACUGACUUCUACCUCAGCUUGACGACUCGUUCUUACUACAGCCACUCCCACCACUUUGUCGCGAUCACCCUCACACUAUCACCGUCUACACCUCACGCUCUCUUAACCGCACUACCCUCACCGCGUCUCUCUUGUUGAAAGAUGUCGGCGGCCACUACCACGGCCACGGAGCUGGCUGGUCCGGCGAAGACGGCAGCCACGCAGAGGACCCGACUAAUCUCGACAGACAUGCUCGCCGAGCACGACACCAUCGACUCGCUCUGGGUCUCAUACAAGGGCAGAGUGUAUGAUGUCACCGAGUUCGCGCCAGACCAUCCGGGAGGCGACGACCUCAUCAUGCGUUUCGCUGGAAAGGACAUGGGAGAUAUCAUGGAGGAUCCUGUCGAGCAUUCGCACAGCGAGAGCGCGUUUGAUCUGCUGGAGGAGCACUACAUUGGCCGCCUGCCACUGACGGAAGAGGAGCACGCGCUUGUCGCGCCCAAGGAGGAAGGAGGUGCAGAUUUCACUGGCAAGGAUUCUACGAUCCUCAUCACCGACGACUUCAAGCCUCGCGAGACUGAUCUCAAGAGAGAUUACAAGAACCACGCUUUCCUUGACCUUAGCAAGCCCUUGAUCCCGCAGAUGUGGAGCGCGAGGUUCUCUAAGGACUUCUACCUGAUGCAGGUGCAUUCGCCACGUCACCUCAAGGGCUCUGCUCAGCUUUUCGGACCGUGGUACCUCGAGAUGUUCACCAAGACGCCAUGGUACAUCGUUCCUAUCUUCUGGCUGCCUAUUUCGGCAGCCAUCUAUUUCCGGAGUGCGCAGCAAAUGGAGCAGUGGAUUGGUGCCGAUAUUUCUUCGACAGCAUCGAGCACGAUGGCAUCGUCUUCUUUCGCCUCUUCAGCGUUCCAGAACCUCACGGCGGCGCCCAUAACUCCCUCCACAUCCCUCCAGAUUCUCACGAAUCUCGUAGGAGGAAUCGACGACGACUUCACGAACAAGUACCUCUCCCACGACUUCUUCCACCUCCCGAGCCUCUCCAGCUUCGCCCUCGUCGUUCCCCUCUUCCUGACAGGGAUCUUUAUCUGGGGUGCCCUCGAGUACCUACUACAUCGAUUCCUGUUCCACGUGGACGAAUUUCUUCCAGACCGUCAGAUCUUCCUACUGAUCCACUUUUUGCUUCAUGGUGUGCAUCAUUUCUUGCCGAUGGAUCCCCUUCGCCUUGUGAUGCCACCACUCCUUUUCACCGCCCUCUCGUAUCCGUUCACUCAGCUCGCCCACGCCCUGUUCCCGAACGCAAUCGCGAACGGCCUCAUCUCGGGAGCGUUCUUCAUGUAUGUCGGAUACGACUGCACGCACUAUUUCCUUCACCACACGAAGCUCCCAGAGUACGUCAAGAAGCUCAAGGCACAUCAUCUUCAGCACCAUUAUGUCGACUAUGAAGGCCGCUACGGAGUCACAAGCACCUUUUGGGACUGGGUCUUCUCGACCGAUGGCGUUGUGCGGAGCUAAUGAGA